AUGCAGAUACAAAAUCAGCUCUGGUCAUCCGUCAUCGCCAGCCAAGAGUUCAGAAACCAUCACUUGAAUAUUGCUUCUUCCUCACCUACUCCUCGUCUCCUCAUUGCUUUUGAAGACUUUUACGGAGCGAAGCUUCCAGUAGUCUCGAUACCUAACCCAAACGUAGUACUUUCCUUUUCUUCUUACAAAGAUCUGAGUAUGGUAAACAUUAAAGGGAAGAUUGUGUAUAACGCAGGUCGUGGCUUGAUCUGCGUUGGAGCCGGUUUUGAAAACGUGGGGAUUUGUAACCCCAGCACGAGGCAGGUGCAUAACUUGCCCGAUUUCAAAUUCAAACAAACUCAAAUAGUUUGUCCACGCCCCAUGUACAUUUUUGGGUAUGAUCCUGUUGGAGAUCAAUACAAAGUGCUUGCUCUUGAUGACUUGCCUUGGAGAUUGGAGCACAAGAUUGUGGUAUUGGGAGGAGAAGAGACUUGGAGAGAGUCUCCUUGUGUAGCAUGUCCUCACGUUGUUUGUACAAAGGGGUUGUACAUGAACGGAACAGUAUACUACGGGGCAUUUAUGAAGGACAUCGACUCUCCGUAUAUUUCUAUAAUUGUGAGAUUUGAUGUUAGGUUUGAAACGUUCAACAUCUUCAAAGUACCAAGCAAACUUGUACCAGUGGGUUAUGAGUUUAUGUGGAAAGAGAGAGGGUGGUCUCCCACAGACAAAACUCUGUUGGAUUUAUUAAGCUCAUGUCCAACUCUAUAUUAUCUGAUUAGUACGAUAUUAUCCGCAUGGAUUUACUUUUGGUUUCCUUCCCAAAAGGCUUCGUACUAUUAGAGUUGGAUAUUUCUUUAUAUAUUAGACUCUCUUUGUCUAAUUCUCCAAUGUGAGAUUUAGUUUGUUUAUAUUACAUUCUCCCCUCGAACUAAGGAUCACAUUCAUCUUGUGUCUUCUUCCUCCAGCGGAUUGUCUUGGCACCACCUUGUACCAGUAAUCGCAGGGCUUUCCUUAGAUAAUGUGUCUUUCUCGUUCCCACAACUGAACUUCCAGGAUCUUCUGACUAAUCUCUGCCGAACUUUUCUUUCCACUUUGAAGGGUCUCAUUCCUACUCGAAUGGUAUUUUGGUCUUCUUGCAGAUUUUUCGUCAAACCGCUCCUGAUACCAAUUGUUGGGAUUGUUAAAUCCCAUGUUGUUCAUCACUCCGUCGUUUUCAUAUCCUACAUGUUAAAGGGAAUUGUUUUUCAUAUAAAUAGAGAUCUAACGGAGAGUUAUUCCAUAAGAUCAAUAAGAUCAAGAUAAGAUCUAAGAGUGAAACAUUGAAAGCUUUAGUUCUGAGUAGUUUCUAAAGCUAAUAAGAAAAGUUGUUCUUAUAAUUCUUUGUUUCCUAAGAGAUUUGAAACUCUGAUAAACUACGGUGGGAAAAUUGGUGUGGUCGAGAGUCCUCGUGUGUGUGGUUUUCGAUUGUGGGUUGGGGAAGAUGCUGAGAAAGAGGAAUGGUCGAUGAGUACUCUUCAUUUGCCUGAAUCUUAUGUUGGCGUUGACUUUGAGAUCAUGGAUACUUUUUUCUAGCGGCGAAGUUUGUUUGGUUUCAAAAGAAUGGUCUGAUCCGUUCCGUCUUUUCUAUUACAAUUUGGAGAAGAAAAGCAUGAGAAGUGUCGCAAUCGAAGGACUACCUAUUUCUGACUUUAAGAAAAUCCAAGCCCUUUCUGUGACGGUUUCGUUUCAUUAUGAGAGUCUCUUGUCCUUAUAAACUUAACAAGUUAAUUAAUGUAAGGCUUGUUUUUAUUUAUCUAAACAUUUUAUCAAUUCUGUCCCUUGCAAAUACAUUUUCAAGAAAAUGAAGUGCACAUUAGCGUAGUUCAACAUCAUCAAGAAAUAGCUGCUUCAAUAUUUUGGAUAAAUAUCUUCAAAACAACUUUGAUAACGCAUACUGUUGAAUAGUAAUAGCUGAAAGAUUUAAUUUGACAUUACAAGGUCAGCUCGAACUAACUCAUAACUGCAUCCCGGAGAUUUUAACAGC